AUGUCGAGCGUCGUCAAGAGCACACACACCGAGGAGCCGCCCAAGGUGAAGCGGAAAACCCUAUCGGUGGCCUCCCUCUCCCACCUCCGGCAGAGCAGCCGCAACGUCAUCGGCGACUGCUCUGCCGAUGAUGAUCAUCGUCCUUCCUGGCUCGACGCCUACGAGGAGCCCCUGGAGGAGCGGUUCAUCUUCACCCUCAAGGACGACGAAGCGCAGAAGAAGGCCAACAAGAAGAAGGCCAAACGUAGCGCUAUCCUCAGCCCGCGCGCGCUCAACAAGGAGAAUCUCUCCGCGUCCCUACACAACUCCACCUCUUCUCUUUCUGCCUCCCUUGACACCCCAUCAACACCGUCAUCAUCAUCAUCAUCAUCAGCUUCUUCUGCAUCAUCACCUUUCUCCUCCUCACCGGCCGCGGGCGAGGGCGACGCGUCAUCGGCCAAGCCGCGACGCAAGCACUCCCGCUCGCUCCUUCUCCGCUCCAAGCGCGCACGCGACGACAUCAUCUCCGUUCCCGCGUCGUGUCUUGACCACUCUUUGCCGCCAUCAGCAUCAGCCCCGGCUGACCCCGCGCCUUUCAUCUCGUUCCUGGCUCCGCCUCUGCCGGUGCCGUUGCCGCUGCCCAUCGCAAGCCGGCUUCCCGACGAACCACUCCCUCCGCCGCCCGACGCUGACUCGCCGCCGCGGCCUCACCACCAGGCAGCCGAGCCCGAUGUGGCGCCGCCGCCGCCGCCUCUGCCGCCUCGUGACUACGACCCUGACUACGUCCUGCGGGGCAGCGGCCGAGGGCGAAGCCGCACCUAUGCCCACCCGGCGGAGCUGCGGAAGGCGGGCUUCGCGUCGGCCUCCUUCUCGACGGCGCUCGUCGCGCCUCCGCCGCUCCUCAUCCCGCCCCACGCCAUUCCCCUCCGCCCUCCCACGGGCGUGCCGGGUACGCGGAGCAUGUAUGAGCUAUCGAGCUCGCCCGAAAGGAACGGGCUGGCCCACUCGCAGCCGGUGAAGCUGAAUCGGUCGUACCAGCACCAGCUGGAGCGACGGCACGCAGGAGAUGCCAAGGAACUUAAGCGCUUGGAGAAGAUGGAGAAGAAGCAGCGCAAGAAGAUGGAGAAGCAGCUGAAGAAGGAGGAGAAGAAGCAGAGCAAGCAAGAGGGAAAGCAGCAGACCAAGAAGCGGGAAAAGAAGGAAAAGAAGCAGAGCAGGAAGGACAAGAUGGCCACGGAGGCCGAUGUCGACUCGCCCUUCUUCGUGGACUCCUGCUCCACGCCCUCCUUCAACGAGACACGGGCGCAGCUCCUCCUCUGA